AUUCUUGUCACAUUCCUGUGUAGACUGUAAAAUUCUAUAUUCUGUGAUCUGAUUAAUUUUUUAAGAAACGCAAAAAAUCCAAGUUUCCAAGUUAUUUUGAUAACAAUAGUCAUAAUUUGUACGCAUGUGAGUUUAGUGCUUAUUUGUGCGUUUAUAAUUUGUAAUAAUUAAACAAGUUGUUUAGAGUUAGGUACCAAGAAAUAAAAGUUAUGGCUGGUAGAAAAAUUAUAGUCAAGAUUGGAAUCAUAGGAGGGUCGGGGUUGGAUGAUCCGAAUCUAUUUGAGAACCCAGUGGAGCGUGACGUGAACACUCCAUACGGAAAGCCCUCAGAUGUGCUUCUUGAAGGUUUUAUCAAGGGCGUCCCUUGUGUUCUACUGGCCAGGCAUGGUAGGAAACAUCAGUAUCAACCAAGCGACAUUAACUACCGCGCCAAUAUCUGGGCAUUGAAGCAGGUAGGAUGCACGCACAUCCUCGCUACCACAGCCACAGGCUCGCUGAUACACCAGUACCAGCCCGGCGACCUUGUUGUACUCGAUGACUUUAUUGACAGGACCUGGGGACGUGCAUGCACGUUCUUUGACCGCACCGAGGGUGGGCCGCGCGGUGUCUGUCACCUGCCAAUGCGACCCGCGUUCUGCGAAAAGGCUCGCCAGGCCCUGCUGGCGGCGGCGCGUGAACACGGGCACAUCUGCCACGAAACCGGCACCGCAGUCACCAUACAGGGCCCGAGAUUUUCAAGCCGCGCUGAGAGCUUGAUGCAUCGCUCUUGGGGCGGACAUGUCGUCAACAUGACCACAGUUCCAGAGGUGGUGUUGGCGAAGGAAGCAGGACUUAGUUAUGCUGCCGUGGCGCUCGUCACCGACUAUGACUGCUGGCGGGAAAACGAGCAAUCGGUAUCAGUGAGCGAAGUUCUGCAAAUGUUCGCGCGGAACAUCAAGAAAGCCAUCGACGUGAUUGUUGGCGCCGUGCAGAUACUGGCGGCAGAGGAAGAUUACACUUACCUCGACAUUCAUAAGGAACUGGUUGCAUCAGCCGUAAUGCUCAAAGAGUAGACAAGCAUUUAAAAAUUUCAAAAGCAUUUACAUGAUCAAGGAGCAUUUAAACAUCUACAUAUAUUUAAGUGAAAAUCUAUUUACGAAAAAUCAUGUUUAAUACCGAAAUAAAACUCUGAAACUGC